CCUGAGCUUACAGUUGGCAACAGAUAACAUGACAUGGAAUCCGCAAGACUACCGCGCCAGCAUUUAACAGCGGUGUGGAGAACGCCAUGGCUUCAUACACAUGGUACAUAGUUGUGACGUUUGCCGCGGCUGCAGCGUUAGCGCAGACAUGUCACUGUCAAGACGAUAACACACGACAGUGUUGCGAAGGUUGCGUCGCUGGACCGCAGGGGUUGCCGGGCGUUCCGGGCAGCAAUGGUGUUCCUGGCAGCAACGGUGUCCCAGGAGGGAAUGGCGUCCCCGGUCGGGACGGUCCCAAGGGAGACCGAGGAGACCAGGGACCGCCGGGAGAGACGGGGGCUCCUGGUGCAUCGGCAGCGGUGAACGUGAAACAGUGUGUCUGGGACAACCUGAACGAAGACUCAGACUCCGGGAAGAUUGUGGUAUCGACGGAAAAUGCUGUAAAGAAAACACAACAGUACAGCGUCUGCUUUCUUGACGGCUUGUGCUACACCCUGCCGGCCGGCCCCGUGACUGUGGCCCUGAAUGUGGGUCAAUGCUCCGAUGGUGCCGCCACUGGAGACGCCUACACCGGGUGGAACUCUCACUCAAGAAUCAUCGUGGAGGAACUGGAUAUUGCAAACUAGAUUUCCCGUCACUGAUUUUCAGUACGUAAAGGUGAUAUCUCGCUGCACUUGGGGUACCGGUGGGGCACUGCGAGGUUCGUUUACUCAGGCACUGCUGUGUUAUUUUCGCCGAUUUUUUUUUUUUUAUAAUUCAGAUAUCGCGUAAAACGUAAAAGUAUGACUUAGAAGACAACAGAAUACACAAAACGUAAGAAAUUCCUUUUUUUAUCUCUGAAUUUCGUUGGGUAGUCUUUAGAACCCUGCAGUGCCGCACCGAUGGCUCAAGUGCAGUGAUAUACCACCUUAACCAGUGAAUUGAACCUACAAUGCCUAUUCAACUGAUUUUUGAACGAAAAAUUAGAUGCUAUCAUAUGCUUGGUUCUGAAUGCAGUUAUCCUUCCAACACCAAUACCGUACCGAAAGACCUUUGUAUUCACCGCUAUGCUAUGUACCUCCUGUUAUCUAAUGUCGUCAAUAUGCUGACAGGUGCGUUCUAACAUGUAAAUCUUGACAUUUACGUUAUGAUUACUUACUACUAUGCCAUGUUAAGCUUGAGCGAAGUUUGACUGUCAUAACUACCACGUCACCUUUCACAACUCAUGUAAUCAAGAUCUGUGCCGUCCCAA